AUGUCUUCAGAAAUACAACAACCUCGCUGGCGCAUCGCCGUCGGCUGCGAUGAUGCCGGCAUCAACUACAAAGACAAAAUCAAAUCUGACUUCUCCUCCGACCCUCGCGUCGGUUCCGUUGUCGACGUCGGCGUCUCCCACGAUUCCGAAGACAAAACAACCGCCUACCCACACAUCGCCGCCGCAGCCGCCAAGCUGGUUGCCUCGGGCGAAUGCGAUCGUGCUCUGCUCAUCUGUGGCACCGGGCUAGGCGUAGCCAUCGCGGCCAACAAGAUCAAGGGCAUCCGGGCGGUGACGGCCCACGAUAGUUUUUCCGUGGAGAGAGCCGUGUUGAGCAAUAACGCCCAGGUGCUAUGCAUGGGUGAACGGGUAGUGGGACUGGAGUUGGCGAGGCGGUUGGCAAAGGAGUGGUUAGGCUAUGUGUUUGAUAAGAGCAGUGCUAGUGCGGAGAAGGUGAAGGUUAUUCAUCACUAUGAGGGGGAGGAGGGGACCGGUGUGGGAGGCGACGAUAAUGGUCGGGAAACAGAGGAGGUCAAGGGGUGUUAG